CACCAGUGUAUAAUAGUGCAGGUAAAAAGAACAGGCCAAUUACUUCAUGAUCCCUACAUUGCCCUACAUCCAUUCAAUCCAUUCCACAUUUCACCAUGCAUACAUCUACACGUGGCUGAUUUGGGCUGAUUAUAAAAAAGGAGGAUUUUAGCUGUAUAGAUUGUAGCUUGGUGGUAGCUUGGUUUUGUGCGAAGAACUUUAUUGUGAUAUUUAAUUAAAUCGUUAAUUUUAUUUAAAUCAUAGUCUAUGUUAAAUCUAUUGUCUUAUCGAAUAAAGUGACAUGGAUAAACAAAUUAAACAGAUUUUUAAGCGUAAAAAUGUUUUUAAGUAUAAUCAAAAUGAUGAGGAUAAAGGCAAUAGAUCGGAAGUAUUGUACAAUCGAAAAUUCAGGACGCCUUUAAGGAAGAAAUGGAAAAAUGAAUACGACGCUAACGAAGAAGCUAGGUUAGAAAAAAUAGUUUUUGGCGAUACGAGUGACAUUAUAAAUAAUUUAUUAGAUGAUAAAUCUGAGACACAGCUAAAAGAUAAUCUAUGUGAAAAGAUCGUAGACAAAGAUGAUGAUAAGGAUAAUGAGAAGGAUAUUGAAGAUAGUAAAGAUAGUGAGGAUGAAUCAAAGAAAGAUGUUUCAAUUUUGAAUCGUAGUGAUGAUAUGAAACAGGAGGGAAAAAAAGUAGCAUGGAUAGAUGAAGACGACUACAAUUACACUGUGGAUUCAGCUUUGAAUACACAGAAUCGCAAAUUGCCAUGCAAAAGACCAGAAAAAUUAUAUACAACAUAUUUAGAAAACAGAUACAAAUUGUUUGUGGGUACUCCAAAAUGGGCUAAACUUGAAAGAAAUGAUAAUCCUGAUGUCGAUGAUUUGGACAGUGACAUCUUGAAGCAUAGUUGCCAUUUGGAAACCCCAAAAGUAAAAAAUUUGCCAAAAAAUAUUAUUGAUAUCAAAGUGCUCAAAGCUUUGAAUAAGAGUACUCAUACAGAAGGUCCUAUUAUUACUAGUGUGGAAUUUCAUCCAUCAUCCACUGUAGCUCUAGUUGCUGGUUCGUCAGGCAUUCUGUCCUUAUUUCAGGUGGAUGGCCAUACAAAUGAUAAAUUGCAUAGCAUGCAAUUUAAAAAAUAUCCCAUCAGCAAAGCGACAUUUAUGAAGGAUGGGACGGAAAUUUUACUUGGCUCUCAAUAUUAUCCAUAUUGCCAUACUUACGAUUUGAUGAAUGGCAGGACAUAUAAAUUACUUUUGCCCUACGGGAUUACAAACAUGAAGCGUUACGAAGUAUCCCCUGAUGGCAAAUUAAUAGCAUUGUGCGGAAGAUCCGGCGAGAUAUAUUUGUUACAUAGCUGUACUAAGGAACUCGUCAGUACAUUUAAGAUGAAUUCUAAAUGCAGAGUUCUAGCAUUCACACCAGACAAUAAAACGCUUAUCACGCAUGGCGACAGCAGCGAGAUGUAUGUAUGGGAUAUGAAUACUCGUACGUGCGUCAAUCGUGUCAUAGACGAUGGAAACUUGUCUUGCACAUCGCUCGCAGUGUCUCCAAGUGGCCAAUUCAUAGCUACCGGGAGCGCACAAGGCGUAGUUAAUCUGUACGACAUGAAAACCGUGCUAGAAAAUCAAAGCCCAAUGCCUCUAAAGAUAGUGAUGAAUCUCGUAACUAGUGUUACGAAUUUGAAAUUUAAUCCAACUUCCGAGAUAUUAAACGCGGCGUCAUUUGACAAACACAACGCAUUUAAGAUGUUGCACCUGCCGUCAUUUACUGUAUUUUCGAACUUUCCGACGCUUCAAACCAAUAUAGGUUUACCACAAACGAUUGCCUUUUCCCCCAGUAGUGGUUACCUCAGUAUUUCGAAUAGAACGAGUUCUGCUUUGCUAUACAGAUUGAGGCAUUAUGGAAAUUAUUAAAUUGUAUUUAUAAAAGAACUUUUUAAUGUUUUAUAUUCAGUAUAAAAGUCUGUACGUGUGUAAUAUAUCAGUGUAAUUAUCUUUUCUAUAGAUGUAUCUUAAUUUUUUCAUCCUACACGGAAAGAUUUUCUCUUAAAAUUUAUUCUCAAAUUCACAGUAGUUUUAGAACAUGGACUUCGAAAAAUUUUUAGUACAAUUUACUAUAAUUUACUAAAAAUUUAUAGCAAUUUUAUUAAAACUCUAUUAAAUAAAUAGUACAUUCCUUCGAAAUUUAUGUUAAUUUUUGUUAUUCUAUACACAUGACUACUACGAUUUUAAGAAAUAAAUUCUGAAAGAAAAUUUUUUCCUCAUAUACUUACUGUUAUUGGUUUAUUGCACAAGAUUACAUUAUUAUAUGGUUUAGGUAAAACCACGCGACAUUAGAAAGAUACAUGAUAUUACAUUAUACAAAUGCUUAAAAAAGAAAUUAUAAAAUUGGUGCAUAUUCCAACAGCAAAAUUGUUUAAAAUUUUAUUUAUAAGUAUCACAUAUCAAGUUAUAUUGUUCAUUAUGUAGCAGGAAAAUUAAUCUUUUUAUUCUAUCUUUAUUAAGGGUAUCUUCUUUACACACACAUACACACACGCGCGCGUGCGCACGCGUAAAAAAAUUGAGUACAACAUGUGCGGAUCGAUUAUAGACUAUUACCCACUCGUGUGAGUGAAUACACUUACAGGCAAUAAUAGACUCGCUUAUUAUACAAUAUACUAAUUCUUAAGGGGAUGCUGGAGUUGUCUGUUUUACCAACAAAAAGAUAGUAAUUUUUGUUUAACAAUAUCUUUUUAUUUCUUUUAUAGAUUUGGAAAUCCUUCUCCAGAAUAAAAGAAUACGCAUUGCUAUCAGUCUGUGGAGUGGAAUUUCCUCCAAAAACGAAAAAAAA